GAAAGGUCUGCAGACAGAUCAACAAACUUUCACGACACUGAACCAGUUGACGGCAGACGGGGUGUGUUUGUUGCUUAAUUUCAAAAUAAAAGUCAGAUGUUUUUGUGUGUGUGUGUGUGUGUGUGUGUGUGUGUGUGUGUGUGUGUGUGUGUGUGUGUGUGUGUGUGUGUGUGUGUGUGUGUGUGUGUGUGUGUGUGUGUGUUCUUCUCAGGGUAUCUUAGCAACCGUAAACUAACAGCGAGCUGCUUGAGGCGAGUCAACAGUGACACUAUGGCUGCAAAGAGUUUGGCAGUGAUGCCCAAGACUCAGCCAGAAGAUGUUUUGUUACAGAAGAAGCUGCUCCCUGUUGAGAUUCGACUUAUGUAUAACAUUAUAGAAACCUGCAUCAGUGAAGUUGAGAUAGCAGCAUCUCUGCCUGGCAUCAUCCAGUUUUACAAAAUGUCAGGUGUUGUAGAGGAAGACUUGAGUAAAGCUAUCCAAGCACAUCAAAUAUUAGAGGAAAGAGCUGAAAAGCUAAAUGAUUGUAUGCCAGAGCCUGAUGGAAAACUAAAGGGAGAAGAUGAAGAAGCCAGGAGGAGAGAGAUGGCUAAGCUUGGGAGAGACAUAAAAAACUCUGUUAGAGAUGUGCUGAGGGCUUUUAAGAAGCACCCAAAUGCUUUUUUUGCCAUAAAAACAGAGCAAGCUUUGGAACUAGGGGAGAGUGAGCAAAUGUUAAUCAAAGGGCUUAAGCUGAUUCAGAGUAAUGUGGUUGAACAGUUUCUGCCCAAUCAGGAGAGAAACCUCUCCAAGCAGACAUUGGCAUCCCCUGAAGAAAAUCUGGAAUGCUUGAUUGAGGAGGAAAAACAGCUAGAUGCCAAAUUGAAGAAACUGGAUGAGCAGAUGUCUAAGUUUGAUGGUAAGAUAAAGAAUAUGCAGAGUUAUUUGGAGCAGGACCUUUUUCCAGAAAGAGACGGGGCUUCUCUACCAUGCAAACAAGAGCAGCCAAAUGAGAUGCCAAGCGAGUUACAACAAGAGAUGGAUCAACUCACCAUUCAGCUCCACAACCAAAGGCUUGAAAAUGGAGAGAUACGGAGAACUUUGCGAAAGAAAAAUGAAAUGUUGGUGAUGGAAACAAAAAAUGUACUGUCACAUUUUGAUGAGAAAAUGGCAGAAAUGCAGACCCAACUUGAGCAGACUAAAAUCGCUUAUGAAAAGGAAGUGGAGGAGCUGAGAGAAAUGGAGAAACCAUUCAUUGCCCUAGAAGUGGAGCAUAACCAGAUCCUGGAGAAACGGCGGCUGGCAGAAGAGAGGAGAGUGCAGGAGAAGAAGGACCUGGAGUUAAAGACCAAAGCUGCCAUUACCAUUCAAGCCUGGUGGAGAGGCACACGUUUUCGCAAGGCCUUAAAAAACCAAGGUAAAACCAAGAAGACCAAAAAGGCAAGAAGCAAAAGCAAGAAGCGCAAAUAAGCAUGAUGAAACAUAUCUGUAGUUUAUCUGUAAAGCAUCUAUGCUUUGUACUUGCGCAGUAUAUGUAUUUUGUGUGUGUUUAUAA